UCUCGGGUGUGUCAACAGCGAGUGAUCGCGUAGUUUUUCAUUAACUUUUUUCGGUUUACACUUCGAAGACAUAAAAUACAUUUCAGUUUCGUGGUUAACACUUUACGAACAUGUGUCAUUGUAACAAACAUUCGUGUUUCUAAAAUUUGUGUUCAGUUCCGAUAUCCACAAAUAUAUCAGAUGAAUCCAAAUACAUUCAACAAUUACUGUCUCUGAAUAUCACGUUCAAAAGUGACGAUACAAGACGGAAGCUGUCAUUGUUACCAACUCAGAAGAACACGACAUCAAACUGAAACCAGAAACAAAUGCACAUCAAGACAGAAGAAGGCGACAGUCCGCUGUCGGUACGUAAUCUGCCAACAAUGUCGUAUUACCCGGAGUCCGAGGCGUGCAACAGACAUUUCCGGGACAACGACGUGGCGUCAUCGGCUUCCUCUUCCCCGACGCGCUACAACGAGUACCCUUCCUUCAAGCUGUGUCCAGACGCGACGUCGAGGCUUAUAGAUUUGAGCCGCGGUAACUCCGCGCAGAGCGAGCCCCAACACUACGGCUCGUACCACAACUACCACCACCACGGUCCUCUGAACCAGCUUCCCGCAAACUACCUGGUGUCCACCGGCUACAACGGGCAAGAGUUCCUCGACGGUCACGUGGGUGAAGACGUGUCCGACGUUACAGCACGUCACCUGCAGGAGGACCAACAGCCGACGUCGUCCAAGACGCUGGACUCCGAUGACGGCGAAGGGGUGGCGUCGGGGUCGGUCCUCAAGCUGGGGACCGCGCGGAAACGCAAACAGGGCUCGACGCGACAGCUGUUCAACCAGGAGAACUGCGACAAGCACAAAGUUCGCAGGAAGUCGCAGUCCUUCGAGGAACUACAGUCUCAGCGAAUCCAGGCGAACGUGCGCGAACGACAGCGAACGCAGAGUCUGAACGAGGCGUUCGCGUCUCUGCGAAAGAUCAUUCCCACCCUGCCUUCUGACAAACUGUCCAAGAUACAGACUCUUAAGCUGGCCGCCCGCUACAUCGACUUCUUGUACCAGGUGCUGCACUGCGGGGUCGGGCCCGACGGGGACAACGACGGCGGCGACAACGCAGGAAGCGAAGCGAGGACCCCGGGUCCCUGCAGUCCCAGCACACGAUUGGCACUCAUGAGUGCCUCGGCUGUGACGUCAUCAUGCACAUAUAUGGCCCACGAGAGGUUAAGCUACGCCUUCAGUGUGUGGAGAAUGGAGGGCGACUGGAACGGUGGAGGUCACGUCUAGCAGAAUUUGACACGGGAGUGGAGCCAUCUUGAAAAAAUGACUGCUCUACAGUUACCAAGCAACAGUGAUGGCGUGACAGUGACAGGAGACAAUCGAUCUGUUUCACGCACAUUUCAGGGAAACAACAAAUAUUAUUUCUGUACACGUGUUGUUCUUUGAGACAAAGCGAUUUUAGGCUACUUCAUGAAACUUAUAUUGUAAAAAAAAACUGAAACUCAUCGAGUACAAAGCAUCAUUUAAUAAACAUCACAGGAGAGAAACUGAUAUCUCCUGACAAUAUGCCUA